UUAAGUCGCUAUUGACAACAGAACAGAGCAAGUGCACAUUUUGCCGUGGAGAAGCACAUUUUAAAAGUUCCACACGAAAUCCGAAGGAAAUCAAGAUAUUAAAGAGACCAGGGACAAAAUGAGCGUUCGAACUUACAAUCCUUCUGUUAGAGUAGGCAACUGGAAUGAGGAUAUACAGUUGGAAGAGGAUACACUGAAAGAUUUCCUAGAAAAACGCGCUAAAGGUGAAUUACUUAUCCAAAAGACACACCGAUUGUAUGAAAACAUUCUCAAAAAGGUUGAUCUAAGCAUUUCAAGAGAUGGAUUUGUCCAUUUCGGAGAUGUGGUCAUGAUAAUGAACAAAGGAGCUGAAGACAAAACCAAGUACUCUUCUGGAGUUGAUCCUAGAGGAGAUUCUGCAAUUUGUGCCAAUAUGUCUGAAAGCAAGAUGUAUGAAGCCAACAAGAUUGAAGGGCCAUGUGGUGUGUCAGGGUCUAGAAUGUUGGAACCUUGUGUCAGAAAUGCAUUUGUCAUCACCAGCAUUGAUGGUACACCCAAUGAGACCCCUUUAAUGUAUAAUCAACCAUUCCAUCUGAAAACAACACCAGACAAAGGAGGAGAUUUGCUGUUAUUCAGCGAUAGAGCAACCUUUCAAAACAGUGCCAAACGUUCUCGACACCAGGAAGUCUGUCUUGUACCAGAGGCAUCCUACCUGACUCAGUGGAUGGUUUUACCAUUUAACCCACAGUUACGGAUGGAAUAUGAACUUGCACCAGUACCUGCAAAUGAGAAAGUAGUCAUCGUCCAUUGUAAGACAAAUAAUGCGUUAUGUGUGGAAAGCGACUUCUUGCUUAAAACACCAUUUGGCAGGGAGUAUGAAAUUACAUCUUUUACAAGCCUGGACUCUCACAAGGCAGAAAAGGAUAUCAACCACAUGCAUAUAGUCAUGGGCGUCCCUGGGGAUGACGUAUAUCCUGUUAUUCCACAAAGCCAAGCUCCAGAGAUUUCAAAGGAAUUUUCACAGAUGACCAACACAUCACAGUGAUAUAUGUAUUUUCGAUAAGGACUGAAAAGAUAGCCAGAGAAAAGUUUCACUUGUGUCAUGAAUACUGUAAAUUUAACUAUUUAAAUCGUGAAAUUGUGUAUUGUGUCACAUGCAUAUGAAAGCAAUAAGAUCCAUUUUGGAUGACAGCGAAUGAGAGCCCGACACCGGCCAUUUAAACAAAUGCUACACAAAUUUAUCACAAAUAAACUGAAUACAUGUCUUUAUUAUGUCAAGACUAGGUAUUGGACCAUGUAUAACAUCAAGUUACAACCCUUCAAACAGUACAGGGCUAACAUUAUGAUUUAUAUCUUUUCAUGAAAUUUUUACUUUGUAAGUGACUUUUAUUUCUCUAUUGUAUAUUUUAUUGUACAAAGUCAUUAUUUUACUUUUCAAAAUUAAUGUGAAUAAAUGUAGUACUCACA